ACCCCUAAACUAUAUUUUACUCCGUUGAUUGAUAAUUGAUAUCAUCAUGAAAAUAACAAAUGCGCGGCGCAGUUUCAAUUAAUCAUAAUUAAUCUUCGGCGAUUCGCGUCGUAUGUCAAAAUUCUCUCACUCGUCUUAUCUCGAUUUUGCGUAAUUACGGGACAUCCGUCAAAAUUCUUCCCGUAAUGUUAAUUCGUGCGAUUACAAAAUGAUUUUGAUUGCGAAACCUCAGCUCAAGGUUUUGGAUAAAAAUAAAUUACACGUAUCUCGAAGGCCAGGAUGCACUGCAUGGUUAUUGCUUGCCUUAUCGGUGAUAAUUUUUAUCGGCAUAUUUAGCCGCCUUACGAGCAACAUCUACUUCUUAAUUAUCUUACUUUUGGGCGAGAUUAUGUUCGGACUAGACAGUUUCGGAGAAUGGGAAGACUUGAUAUUGUACAAGCAGGAGAAUAAAGCUAUUGUCCAAAAAGCUAUUUGGAGCGAUAAAUUAUGUUCGGGUAAUUCGGGUGAAAUCUCUCUGAUGAGACUCACCGACAUCCGACACGUUGGUGUCUCUACCGACAUGGGUCUCUUUAUCCUCCACAGAAACGGGCAGACAAUCACGCUUAGUAUGAGAGGCUUAACGAGAAAGGAAAUACAAAGCCUAAGGAAAGAAAUCAACUAUUUCUUGAACAUGGGUCGGCUCGAAAAUCUCGAUUUUUCCUUGAUUGGUUCUUCGAAUCGAUUAUUACUCCCUUCCGAUUCUGAAGAGUAUUUGUCAAAUUUACCAAGAACGUGUCUACCUAUUACCAAUGAGCUUACUGUUUCGGACAAUAUUUUAAACAAUAGCAAGGCAUAUCAUCGAGUGCAGCAGAAUCUAAGCUAUCCAACUCUAAUGUGUGGAGUACGACUUAAUAGCUAUCAAUCGGCGAGUUUGAAAAGAGGUCUUUAUACAGAAAAUUCAAAACGUCUCGACUAUAUUAAGUAUACCAGAAAUAUUUCUGCCAUUCCUAAUCUGAUAAAGGUUAAUAAAGACCAUAAUUAAGUCUCCUUUGUUUACGAAAUGUGUU